UAAGAAAGUUGAAAUCACAUCCAUUUACUUGGAACUCUACCACACGACCCUAUUUAAAAUUAGUAUCGCAAAUUAAUCGCAAAUUAAUUGCCUUCUCAAUAUUUUUUACCGUCAUAUUUCUGAAACCCCACAAUUUUCAAGCACAAAAUGAAUAGGUUUUGGAUUAAUUAUUUGCUAGCUUUUAGUCUCAUACAAGUAAUAUUUUGUCAGGAAGAAGUAGAAUCGAACCCUGAAAAAGUAGAUCGUCACAUGCAAAUAACUCCAGACUAUGGAGUGUCUUGGACAGUUCUAGACGAUACGAAAGAAAUAGUUUUCAAGAUUGUGGCUCGAUACUCGGGACGCAAUUCCUAUAUUGGAUUUGGAAUAUCGGUUAAUGGUGCAAUGGACGGUUCUGACAUCAUAAUAAUAAAAAAUUUCGGGCCAACUGGGUUCAGUUAUGAGGAUCGCCACGGGGUUGGAAACGUGGAGCCAGAAUUAGAUGCAAGUCAAGAUUGGAAAUUGCUGUCUGGAUGGAUCAACAGAACCCACUUUUCUGCCAAAAUAUCUCGUCUCUUAAACACCGGGGAUGACGAGGACGUGGAAAUUACGGUGGACACGCUCCGGCUAAUUUGGGCGUUGGGAGAGUACGAUAUGAUUACGCAGAGGUUAUCCUACCACAAAAAUGACAGGGGCAUCAUCUCUGUAAAUUUUCUGGAUCCAGACGUCGAGACUCCCACGCCGGAAGAGUUGGAGAAAAAAUAUGAAGUUUGGAAGAUAGAGAAAACUGUCCAAGUUUCGAGUAAUGACACGGUGUACAUGUGCUCAUUUUUUAAGGGUCCCAAUGUCACGAGUAAACAUCACAUGGUUGGGUUUGGAAUGUACAUUGAUCUCCCCGAGAAUAAACGACAUCUUCAUCAUGCCGACCUGUACAGAUGUACUGCACCACCCGGUACAAAUCCAGACGAGUUUUUCGCCCCAUAUCUUGGCGAUGGGUAUGACUGCAAUUACUCUCCAGUCCGAUUUCCAUACGAGAACUGCGGAACGUUUGAAUUCCAAUGGACGAUUGGUGGACAGAUCACCCUUUUCCCGGACAAUCUCGGUCUCCCACUUGGUCGGGACGAUGGAGCGACAGAAUAUUUUAUGACGGAAGUACAUUUCAAUAACGAAGAACGAAGAAGUGACCUUAACAUUAGGGCGGGAUUUAACAUUUACCAUACACCUGAACUGAGGCCAACAGAGAUUGGACAAUUACAACUCGGUUUCAUGACCAACAAAACUUUCUCGCUGACAGUGCCACCGAAUGCGACCAAUUUCGUCGUUAGUUCUCAUUGUCCCAUGGAUUGCACAAAAAAUCUUCCGAAAGAUGGGAUUAAUAUUUUUACUUACCUUCUUCACUCGCAUUUAUCUGGGCGUCGAUUGAAACUCCGCCAUUACCGAGGAAAUUACGAGCUGCCCAUGCUAGCUAAAGAUGACCACUUUGAUUUUAAUUAUCAAAAUAAUCGACGGCUUCGCACACCAGUAAAAAUUUUGCCUGGUGACCAUCUGACCAUCGAAUGUAUGUACGACUCAAAUUGGAGAAGAGGUGGUAUCACGUUGGGUGGAAGAUCUCCGAGAGAAGAGAUGUGCCAAGCGUUCCUUCUCUACUGGCCAAGAAUAGAUGAGGUCAAUUCUUGUGGGAGUUAUCACUCACAGAAAGAGAUUCUUGAAUUUAUGGGAAUCAACGACGUUUAUCAAUACCAGGGAGAAAUCGACGCCACUGUUACAUCCCCUGAACAUUUAUCCGGGUUAAAGUACACGGAUAUAGUGCAACACCGAGUCAAUUGGUCGACCGAAUUACGAACGAAAUAUCAACAUCUUGUCCAAUACGGAGAGCAGCAAGCCUACUGCAUACCAAUCGAGUAUGACAAUGAACCAUUCGUGAAAACAAUGUAUCCCAAAUUGGUGAAAGUUGACGACAGUUUUAUUACCGUUCCUGACUUGGUCAUAUUUAUUGCGGUUAUUUUAAUCAUCGUAGUUACGGUCAUUUGUGUGACGCUCUAUGUUAUAAAUGAGAUGAGAAAGAGGAGGAAGGGAAGUUGUAGCAAGGAUGAAAUUGUAAAGUAAUAUUUAAAUUAUUGUGUAGGAAUGUAAUUUUGAAAUAUUUUGUAUAUAGAAUGGUGAAAUAGAAUUUCUUUUAAUUACUCCUUGUAUUAUUACGUAACGUACAAAUGUGAUAAACUAAAAUUCUGCUGAACACUUCUAGUGGUUGCAUAUGUAUAGCCCUAUGACUCACACUUCAAUCGGACAGAAAUACAAAAAUAGACCAAGUCUUUCUAUCUAUGUGAACAAAAAUCUAA